UACCCAGCUGACAUAUUAUGUAGAUGAGGGUUGAUUUGGUUACACUUUGCUAGAACUGUCGCAUACUGUACUGAUGUUGAAAUCCACAAUAUUGCCAUCUAGCGGCAAUUUUCUAUAGCACAGCGGGCUUCCGAAUUAUGUAAUUCCCUACUUGGUUGUGCGUGCGACUAUAAAUUCUCAUUCGAGAUGGCAUGUGUAUUUUUCUAUUUGAAAAAUAUCAACUGUGUUUUCAUUUGAGAUUGAGUUCUUUGUCUCAGAAUCUAAUUACAGAAAUGUAUGGGAUCGUAUUUUGACACAGUUCUUACGCAUUUCCGGUGAACUGUCAAAUUUAGACCUGUCAUCCACGGAGAAAGCCUGGACCAAAAGUAACAGUACGGAGUGUUAGAACCACUGACACAAGGUGAAGACAACAGACAUGUCCUUUAUAUUUAACUGGAUCUACAGAGGCCUCAGUGGUGUGCUGCAGUUACUAGGUUUAUAUAAGAAGUCUGGGAAGCUGGUGUUCCUUGGUUUGGACAAUGCUGGGAAAACAACGCUACUGCACAUGCUCAGAGAUGACCGAUUGGGACAGCAUGUGCCAACACUACACCCCACAUCAGAAGAGCUGACAAUUGCUGGAAUGACAUUCACAACAUUUGAUCUUGGUGGUCACACACAAGCCAGGAGAAUCUGGAAGAACUACCUCCCAGCUAUAAAUGGUAUAGUCUACAUGGUGGAUUCGGCAGACCAUGAGAGACUACAAGAAGCCAAAAUUGAACUGGAUGCGCUGUUAACAGACGACACCAUCUCCAACGUGCCUGUACUUAUCCUGGGGAAUAAGAUCGACCGUCCAGAAGCCAUCAGUGAAGACGCACUCAGAGGGAUGUUCGGGCUCAUUGGACACACUACUGGAAAGGGUAAUGUGUCACUGAAGGAGCUGAACCUGAGGCCCAUGGAGAUCUUCAUGUGCAGUGUUCUGAAGAGACAGGGAUAUGGAGAUGGUUUCCGUUGGCUCUCACAGUACAUUGACUGAUCUAUAUAUCACUCCCAUCUUAUUUAUUUUUUGCCUGAUUCACACGAUAGAGCUAACCUGAACCUUACUGGGUGGGCUACAUCAUUUGUUUUCUAAUUGUCCUUUCCAGCAUGGUUCCAGUAACUAUGAUUGAUGUGUAAUGCAGGCCAGCAAGGCUCAGUAGUGUGAAAAGGAAGAGUAUUUUGAUUAUCAACUGUUUUGUAGAUCGGGAGUACAAGAGUACAGGCCUCACACAUCUACCUGCUGGAAAAGCUAUCAACUGCUAGCAUUCUAUAUUUAUUGUAAUUUUUGCAUUUGAGUGUGCCCUCAGUAAGCAAAUAUAUUUCUAAGAAAAAUGUACUUUUAUUGUUAAACUUUCAGUAUUUUUCGUUGUAGCCCCGGAUAAGCACACCUCAUUCAACUCAGAGGGCUUGAUGAUAAAUUGACAAGUUGAAUCAAUUCUGGUUUGUUUGUUUGGGGCUACAAUAAAAAUAUGUGCUGUUUGGGAAACACUGCGCUAAUUGAAAUAUGCAGGCCUAGUGAUUGUUUGAUAACCCUCUAACAGUUGAACCCAUUGAUAAUUGGUAGUCUGAGCCCUAUGUAGUGAAUUCAAACUUCCUUGUCUAAGCCAAGUAUCAACCUGCAAACCCAAGAUUUCAUAGUUUACACAUUUCGUAGUUUACACAUUUCGUAGUUUUCAAUUAUAUAUUCUCAGUUACUUACUGGUUGUGAACAUUUUGAAGGAUACCUCAUGUCUGUCAAACCAUAUUAUUCUUAUUAAUAUGAUUAAGUUAGUUAGGGAAUCCCCUCUAUGUUCGGCAACGUUACCUCUAUACUUAUAGGGUAGGACAUGCCAUCGCUUUGAACCAGUUCGUAACCCUGGUUUAUUUUUCAAUCGGUGGCAUUUGAUUACAGAGGAGUGCUUAUUGGUGUAACAGUUCCGCGUUGUCUUUUCGCCAUUGCUGAUGUUGCCUUCCACGUAAUAUAGGCCUGGGUUCAAAUACUAUUCGAAAUAUUUCAAACACUUUGUACUUCUGGGACUUUUCUGUUGGUUCUAUUGCAACAGGCAAGCUCAAUCAAGCACAGCUGGAGUAUUUUACCAAUGAGGACAAAGUUGUCAAAUGAAUGUUUUUGAUCGAUCAAUUCAAGUUGAAUCACUACCAACUGAUGCCAUGAAUGUGACUAUAAGUGCAUUAUCACUUUUUAUUUAUUAAUGCUUGUUUGUAAUACAAAGGUGCAGUAUUUUGUAAUACCAGGGUUUUAUUACAACCACGUUGUCAGUCACAGACGAUGUAUGUCAUUUCAACUACCAGUACGUACCUACUGUAUCGAUGGUUUUUGUUACUGUAAAAUAAGUACUUGGUGAUUAUUGGCUGCUAAUAGCUAUAAUAUGAGGGUACUUGUGUGGUACUGAAGAAUAUAGGCUUUGUAGGAAAUACACAAUAUAUGUGAGUGCAAUAGAUAGAGGGUACUUUUUAUCCUUUUUGUAAAUAAUGUGAAAUUAUUCUGCAUGCCCUCUUAUCAAAAUAAAUAUUUUGGACAAUC